GUUUUCUUUCAUUCAUUCGUGUUCAAACGCUUCGGAAGGGAGUGCCACUGUGCGUGCCGGUGGUAGUGGUGUGGUUUUUGUCGUAAAGUCAGGAAACGAAAAGACUGCUCCGGUGGAAAACGAAAAACUCGGAAUCAUCAAUGAAACCCGGGGAAACGAUGUGCUUUGUGUACUGUUUUGUGUUCUGUGUUCGAUUUGUAACCAUCGUGUAAAUGUGACCAGCGCGCCCGUGUACCGUUGUGUGUGCGUGCGUGUGUGUGUGUUUAUGUGUGCGUGCGUGCCCGAUGGAAAUCAUUCUUUAUGCGUAGUGUAAAAGCCCGCAAAAUUCAACGUAUCUGGAAUAUGUGAUAGAAGAAGAAAACACAACCGGAAAAAUAAGCAGCAACAACAAAAAGACGAGCGCACACGUUACAAAACGUGCGCGUGAAAAGUGUGAGUGGAUUAAGGCGCGUGCGUGCGUGUGUGUGUGUGUGAUUGGAUGUCGGAUUGGAUCCCGUCCACGGUGCGUAGAUCUAUCUGUGUUAACGCGUGAUAUAUGUGUACCGCUGGUGCCGCUAUUCCCACAAACUCGGCACAAGCCUGUGCUUGCGUACGCAUUUCCGCAUUCGGUGCGGUUGAUCGGAAGUGAGAGAAAAAUCCGACCUCCCCCGUAAAAGAGGAAGAAAACACCGACAAAAAAGAAGCAAACUGUCGAAACAGAAGUAUAACUCUCGAUUAUGGCACUGCUAUCCAAUGGCGCUUCUUCGAUGCAGAUAACAGCACAGACGGCCAACGGUGGUCCGAACGGUGGUGGCCCCGAUGGCGCAGGAGACUUCAACUCCAACGAUCAUAUCUUCUUUUCAAGCCUGUUCAACGCGUUGCCGUGCUGGGAUGCGCCACCGCACAAAACAAGCUCGGGACCAGUUAUGGUUCCACAAAGCAAUAACAACACUUCACUGGAUCGUGAUAGCAUUAGUAUUACGGAGGAUCUAUUGUUUUCCAACGUGUUGGGAGCAAUCGGUACGGGCAGCAGCAGUAGCGGCAGUGGAAGUGUCGGAACCAUUGGCAUGGGCCAUGUCGGUCUCAUCGGUUCAUCCAACGGAUCCAACAGUGGCGGCCAUCUCGCCCAUGUGGUGAACUCUUCGAACGAAAUUUUCGGCGUCAUAGGGUCGUCCUGCACGAGUCACACACAGCUCACGCCGGGCACUUCGCCCCAGACCAACUCCUCCAACGGCAGCCAUUGUCCCUCGUCCGUAGGGGCGAUCUGCGGGCGAUGCGACACGCACGCCUCGAGUCGCUGCCUUGACUGUAACGAUGUGCUGUGUGAGGACUGUACACAGCUGCACGCAAAGAAUGCCUUCACGAAGGAUCAUUGCGUGAUUUCGAUUAACACAAUCUCACCGAUCGGCUCGGCACCGUGCAUGAUGCAGGGCAAUGGGCUUGUCAGCAGCAAUGGGGGCGGGUCCGGGAACGGGCCCAUCCCUGGAGUGGCGAUGUCCGAGCCGCAUUGUGAUGUGCACGGCGAAGUUCUGCGCUAUCUUUGUGAAUCGUGCAAGAAGGUUGUCUGCCAAGAGUGCACCCUGUGGGACCACAAAGACCACUCGUGCAUUCCGGUGGCAAACAUUUCGCACGGCGCCUCCGACAAAAUCAUGUCCAUUCUGGAGAGUGGCAAGCUGGGUACGAAGUACAUCAAGGCCAGUAUUGAUCGCGCCGUCACGUACUCGCAGGCCGUCGAGCGGGAUGCAAUGGAAGCGUCGGCUCGCAUUCGUAAAGCGAUGCGUCACUUUAUCCUUGCCGCCGAGGAUCGCGAGCGAACGCUGCUCGAACGGGUAGACAAAUUUCGCCAACAGAAGCUAACGUCCCUUUCCGACCAGAUGGCUGGAUUACGUGCCGCCCUCGCAGGGCUGUCGCAGACGUCCGACAUGCUAACGAAGGCGCUCGACUCCGUCUCGAUGAUGGGCAGCAUGGAGAUAGCGAAAACACUCACCACGGGCGAAAGCCAGAUGGAACAGUUUGCGGCCAUGUACAAGAAUCUGCAGCCGAAGGAAGAGUUUAUCACGUUCGUGGCUCCAAACUUUGAGCUGCUGCAGGAAAUCCGGAUGCAGGGUGAUGUGAUGCUGGUGGGGCAACGCAGCAACUCCGUUUCGUCGAACAGCUCGGGCAACGCAAGUAUACAGGGCCAGUCGGGACCGAACUGCGGUGGUGGCAAUGCCAACAAUGGCGUCAGUAGUGGAGUGGGCGCUGUAGGUACGGUCGGUAACAUCCUCACGCGACGCCCGAUCGUUCGCAGUACGACACCGGCGCAGCGCAUCGGAUCGUCAACUUGGGAACCGAUGGGAAAAGGGUCCGGUGGUGGAUCAUCCGUUUUAGGAUCUUCUCCAACGUCCUUCGGUAUCGGUCCGAUCCCUGGCGCCCCGAUACUCGGGCAGUGCAUUCCCGGCUGCAACAAUCAUGUGGCCGCCAAACCAGCCGUCGGUCCCAGCCUUACGUUCGGUUUCGAUGGUCACGAGGAUGGACAGGUUUCGCGACCCUGGGGCAUCACGGUUGACAAGGACGGGCAGAUACUGGUAGCCGAUCGGCGCAACAAUCGCGUGCAAAUAUUUUACCCCGACGGUACGUUCAAGCUUAAGUUUGGCUCGAAGGGCACGGCAAACGGACAGUUCGAUCUGCCGGCUGGUAUCUGCACGGACGGCCAGGGACGCAUCAUCGUGGUCGACAAGGAUAACCACCGGGUGCAGGUCUUUUCGGCCGGCGGACUGUUUCUGCUCAAGUUCGGCUGUUACGGCAAGGAGUGUGGUCAGUUCCAGUAUCCGUGGGAUGUAGCAGUGAAUACGAAGGGUGAAAUUUUAGUGACCGACUCGCGGAACCAUCGCAUCCAACUGUUCAGUCCCGAUGGGCUGUUCAUUUCGCGCUACAGCUUCGACGGCGUAAAUCACAGCCGUUAUCUGAAAGGUUUGACGACGCCGCGUGGCGCUUGUUUCACGCCACAGGGAGACAUUAUCAUAUCGGACUUUGAAAACCAUCGUCUGCUGCUGAUCGAUGCGACUCUUUCAAAGGUGCUUGCCGCAAAGGGACACGAAGGAUCAGCAGUGCACGAAUUCAGUCGACCGUCGGGCAUUUGCUGCGACGAUGACGGACGAGUGAUCGUCGCCGAUUCCAAAAAUCAACGAGUGCUAGUGUUUUCACCACAGCUAGAGUUUCUUUGGGCGGUGGAAAUCCGUCCAUCGUCGAAUGGUUUGCUAGCCAUCGGUAUGGACGAAAAAGAUCGGCCAAGCGAUGUCGCCCUCUUGCCCGACGGUCGUCUCGUGGUGAUGGUUGAAACGUCACCGGACGCGCGUGACCAGUGUAGUCCGCAGAAAACAUUCAUUCAAAUUUACUAACGAGUCGUGCCAUCGUAUCAGGCACCAGCGCUAAAGAGAGCAGUAUGCUUUUCUAGAAAUUGAUCAUUCGAACCUAAACUGCCAAAAUAUUGUUUUUUCACAACGAGGUUAGUUUCUCCAUCAUCCAUCGCUCCUACUCACUACUACUGGCUCGAGGCUCGUAAACACGUAAGCAUAUAAGCACAAAGUAGCCCACACUGUUGUAGGCGAGGCAAGGGAAGGGGAGCUAAACAAAAUUUGUAAAAACAGUUUAUAACUUAUAAGAUUGUAUGUACGUGCAACGCUGCUACCUCAAAACUCGUUUGAUUAAGUUGUUACUUACGUGAUUUUAGUGAUUUUUGUGUUGGUCCAGAGCGACAAUUUACUGCAUUGCAUGGUACCAGUCGUCGUCUCACCGGCGAGGCAUUUGUGAGGUGGUGAUUGAUGAAAUGAUAGGAAAUUUUAAUCCCUUUAUUCUGUUGGUUUCGGUUUUGUGAAUGUAGUAAAAUGUAGACAAGCAAAACAAAAAAGCCAUCCCCAAUCCUGGAACCUGGAAGCUUAAGAAGAAUUUAAAUCAGUAACCGAAAAGUACAAGGAACAAAGUUUUUUAUAAAAACAAACAAACAAACAAAACGAUAAUGCAUAUGCAGCACGGAACAAUUGACGAAACUUAACGUAAAAAGAGAGCGAGAGGGAGAGAGCCAAGAGCGACACACACACCCACAGAAAAAGGGAAAAAAGGGAAGGCAUAGGAGAUUAGAGCUUUUCCUUUUCGUCGCCAUAAGCAGAUGUGUGUUAGGUUGUUGGUUAGAUGCAAAAUGAAAUGAUUGUCUUCAACAGCGCACGCAAGCAAACAAAAGUAGCAAAUAUGGAUCAAAUCUAAAUGCAAAGUGAAACGAAGAAGAGAUGAUGAUGCAUCGUAAAUAUAGUACAAUUGUAGGAAUAGUUACGCGCUCUGGCGCGAUGGCAAAGCGCAACCAUUAUAUGUGACACACGCCGUGCACACACGGUACGCGUGUUGUGUGUGUGUGUGAGUGUUUUUUUUUAAAUAUUUGAUAUAGAUGGUUUUAAUUUUUACUUCUAUUUUAUAGAACGUGAAUGUUCUCUAAGUUUUGAUCCUCUCCAAAACGCAGUUUUGAUGUUUUUAUUAGCAAAUUUCAUAGUCAAAGUCCCUAUAGACAAUGCGUAUUUAGACUUAUAUCGUCGCCCCGGUUUCGGUACUUUGUAUCGGGAUGGGGGGCCAUAGGGAUAAAGUGACGGGAAGCGAAGCGAAGAAGAUGCAACAAUGCAACCGGUAUAUUAUGAAUAUGAUUAUUGUAAUUUAUAUACAUCAUACUGAGACUGCGGACGGUACGCAAUUUUACUCAACAAGACUGAACACGAAACACGCGAGUGUGAACAUAACACAUAGCCGGAUCGAAGCGUCUCGUGAAUGGUUCUUUUUUUAGGGUGUACGUACAUUGAACUAUAAAAUAAGGGAAUGAGUAACGAAAAGAAAAAAACACCCAAAUAUUUACGCCAGCUCGAUUCGCCAGCUAAAAACGCGUUCACCAAAAACGAUUCGUAGCGAAAAAAAAAUUAAACCAACCAACAAACCGGUGUAUACGACGACGCCGUAGCAUAAUUUUGAGUCCCACCAAGAGUUUUUAAGCAUGUUUUUGACAUUUCGUACGUUAUUUCCACUUUAGCCAAGUCUGCCUGUUUCGUGGUUCUAUCGAAUAAGUUUGUUUAGUGUCAGCGUGCCGCGCCAGUACAAGCGUGUGUGUGUGUGUUAAGCAAGUAGCACUUUUGUUGCAUUCUGUUUUGUAGGUUCAAAACCAGUAGACUGAUCUUUUGUGUUUUGUUUUAACGUUUUUUUUUCUUUUUGCUAGUCCAGAUGGGACAGUGUUAAGGACACGUAUUCGUUCAAGGCAAUGAAUAAUUUAUGUAAAACAUUAACAGCAGCAGCACCACCCGUUUAGUGUCAUUUGUCUGGACUAUUAGGUAUUAUUUUUGCACUUGCGUACGAACGCUCUUCGUUCGAUAUGGUUCGAACAUUUUAAAAGUAUUUUUAGCAUGUGUACUGUCAUCGUUUAGCAAACGGCAACAUGCCGACGUAGCCGUAUCUGUAGUCAAUUUUAGCAGUAGUACUUUAUGCCUGUUGUAUGUAACAUUAUCAAUGAGUUGAGGCACGCCCAAUGCUCCUGCCGUGUGGCUAGAACCAGCAGUUUUGCGAUAAGCUUAAGCAUCUCCUGCUAGCGGCUCCGUUUACCAUACCUGUAUUUCUUUUAUUUGGUGUUAAUUUUUUUCCAAUCUUGGCAUGUACAAACAAGUCCCAGUAAAAAAAACUACGUACACCACCCCGUACACCAAUUCAUUAUUAUUACCAAGCCGGAUGAUUUGUCACUUCCCUGCGGAUAGGAGGAGACGAACGUGUGCUAUGUUAAGACGAAUGCUAUAGCAAUAUGCAAUGAGGAGACUACCACACACUCUCUGACAUUAUACUAUUGUAGGUUAUGCAAAGCGUUUUUUUUCGAAGGGGACCCGUUGUUUGAGUAUAGUCUGUAUUUAAUUAUCCCUCUAGCCAAUGAUGCUCCAAGUUCCAAGCAUUAACACUAGCUCUAAGUACGCAUCCAAAUAUAACGAAUGAACUAUUGCGUAUUGCUAGCGAGGUUCGUUCUUAUCAAAAAGAUCAAUUAAAUUGAUAAGCGACGGUUCGAGAGGGGAUCGGAUGGCACAUUGAAGAUCAUAUCUUCGAACCGAUCGUACCGGAUCGGUGGAUUCUUUGAAUCUCUGCCACGGAAAAAAAACAAACGAUGGAUUGAUUAUCGAGUAGUAAGCAAAUUGUAAUAUACUUCAGCUUUUUCGUAAGCAUGAAGCAAAACAGCAAGAUACUGCCAGCAAGUUGUUCAAUAUAGCGUAACUAAUGUAGCGUAAGCUGAAUGUGUAGCGUUAAGUUGCAUACUCUCACACAUAUACAUAUACAUGCUUUGUGCUGCGUGGUGUUUGAAAACACCGUUUUCGCAAAACAUAACUUAACGCUAAGACGCAAGAUACGUUAGGGAUAAAACCGCAACCACCAAUAUAUACCGGCUAGCCUCCCCCCCAGCUCAUUUAAAAUGACCAAAACGAUCAAUCGGUGAGUUCGAGCGAAUUUGAAACACUCGAUCGAUGUAAGGAUGUAACAGCCAAACAAACAUGAGUCUAUAGUGUAAUGCACACACACACUCACACACCGCCCGAUGAUCAAAACAUGAUCGAGAGUGAGUAUACAUGAUGAAUGGUACAAAUUUAGAAAUAGUCCCUUUUGCGGUGGACUAUUGCAAAAAAACAGGAAAAACGCAUGAGUUCUAUUCCAAAACGUGGAAAUGCAAUGGCAAUUCAAAACUGCCACCAUUUCAAAAGUUGUGAUUUUGUAAGCGAAACCAAGUAGUGCAGACAGUAAAACCGCGGCAAAAGAAUAAACUACUACUGUGAGACCGAAGCUACUGAAAGUAUUUUGACACAAAAUAAAGCAAACAAAAAACGGAAGUCAGCAACGUGAUUUGAACCACUGCAAUGAGGAACAUAGUGACGCAGCAUAAUGACCAAGGUGGGGGAACAAAAAGGGAGGAAAAGUUGUGGUGAAACCCGAACAAUGCGCUGUAUUAACGCGCUAGCUUCAGUGGCAACAACAGAGCUAUUAUAAAGACUUCUCCGUGAGAGGCAUUUGGCAGAAAGAGAUUUUUCCCCAAAACCAACGCUUCCGGUGCGAGGCUACCCAUACAAACACGUGUAGAUAAGAUCAUCCCAAGACAAGUCUGACGGGGUACGCGCGCAGUACGGUGCAGGAAUCAAAUCGGCUUCGGGCAAAUCCCCUAGCAAAGGAUGGCUGACUGGCUGAUGAUAUUUGCAGCUCUUUGCAGCAGAGCACAGCGAGAAUGCGCGCUAUAAACAUUAAUCAAAUUAUUAAAAAAGCAAAAGUUGCCAUAAACAUGUAAGAACGUUUUGUAACAAACGAGCAAAAGUGAAAGCAAAACCUAACCGUGGAGUAUAUUUUAUGUACGCUAAAAUGAUGAAAAAAGACUAGUGAAAUGUGUAACUGCAAACACGGUGUGCAGAACCCAGCAGCACGGGGUGUCACGAAACCCGAAACGAACACAGAAAGGCAAGGCAAAAUGCGUUGCGCAAAAAAACAUAACCUAAACACUUGUGACAAACGACUGGUGAGGCUAAGAUCUCCAUUUAAGACAAAGAAAUCAUUUGAUGAACUUGUGAACACGGACUAAGCUAUAUAAGAGGAGAAAGGUAGAUGGAAUCGUGUUUUUCUUUUUCGUAUAGAUUAAUCACAAAGCUCAGUGCUUUUUAUAUUCUACAUAUUAAAAAAAAAAGUUUAACAAACAGGCAAACAUGCUCUAAAAUCGCAGGCUAGUUUAUGGAAAGAGUUUUCUUUCUGUAAAACCGCUGCAUUUCCAGUCUUUCUAAAAUAUUAGCAGGUAAACAUAACUAUCGCCUAGAUAAGUAAACCGGUGUGAGCUGCACGUCUAAAACUGUGUGUGUGUGUUUUAGUGAGAACUACUAAAUUUUGUAACAUUGAUGAGUAUUUUAUGCGAAGCGCGUGUGUGUGAAACGAACCAUUGGAAACCUUUAAACUAUUAACUCUACCGAUGCCAUCGGUCCGAACUCUUGUUCGGUCUCCCUUUCCUUCUCUCCUUCCGCAUUACCCUCUUCACUUCUUUCCUCUUAAGUAAAUCGGAUAAAAGUGUAUUUGUUAGAUAAGAAAAUCAAAUUCCAAGCAGGACAAAUUAUGCUUCAUCGCUACACAAAACAAAAAAACUCACUCACCCAUGUCCGUACAAACCACCCAGGUUGUGCAUUGUAAAGAAUAGCAAUAAAUUGAACUGAAUUUCUCAUAAAAAAUAGCCAAUUACAACACGCUCUACUAUCGAAAAGGCUACUCAGAAAUAUUACUACUAAACCAUGUAAAAGCGAGCGAGCAGACAGCAAUGAAUUAGGUCGACUGAUCGAAACAAGUAAGACUGAAAGAUUCGAAUUGUGACCGUUUUUUGUACGGUGGCGGCAUUUUUGCACUGUUUUGCGCGUUUGCGCAGCGUAGUAUGAUCAGCUGAAAUGAAGCUACUUAUGACAGACACAGAUGGACAGAAUACAAAUAGUUAACGUGCUUUGCUUUAACUAAUGCUCUGCUGCAAUCUAAAUGCUUCCGUAUGCACUGUUAUUGCAUAUUUGAAUUGGAACAUUCUACAAUAACUUAUUCGAUUUUUUUUUAAAGUUAUACACACACACACGCGCGCACACUCGCAAAUCACUACUAUCGCUACUAUCUAUAAGGGUUGAGUUCUAUAACUGAAACCUGCUCUAAAAUUAUGUUUCAUACCCGAACCCGAUUCUCACCUCUGCUUGAACAAUUUCCUGCCGAAUGCUUUAUUAUUCGAAUAAAAAAAAAUUAAGGACAUAAAAGUGAAAUGCUUUAACACAAGCCAACACACACAGCCCCAAAAUACCUUCCUUUUCACUGAAAAAAAAGCUUAAGAUUUUUCGCCAAAUAAAAUUGAGGGUAGUUCUCGGCGCAGGACAUUUCCUCGCAAAACCCACACUCACUCAUCUACCCGUUGUGUGAUUAAUCGAGGCAUAUAACUACGUAAAAAGCGGCAACAUCCUACCAUAGGGCGCUGUUUGACGCUUUACUGUCCAAGCGGACAACGUAAAGGCAUAUAUUUUUACAAACUGUAUUUCUAACGAACGCGUAUUUACAUACAUUUAUCGAUAACAGAUAAUUUGGAAAGGAUUCACUGGAUUUUGGAAAAUUGACUGCGUUUGCACAAUGGAAACAAAAAAAAAAAGGGAUGAGAACAUAACACGCAAAGCUGUUUGAAAAAGUACAACCUUAGCAAAGAUGUAAGAAGCGUAAGAAGCAAUAGAAAGCGAAACUUUUUUUAUAAACAUUAGGACAAUUGAUGGAUCGUGACGAUUUAAACUACCGUAAUAAGUUAGAUGCUAUGCAACUGAAGAAUGAACCUAGAAAGUAAAACAUUAAAAAAAACACAGAAACAAAAACAUGCAAAGGAGUGGUUACCAACGACUGAUUUAUACACACACACAUAUAUAGAUAUAUGUAAACUAAAAACAAAGCCCAUGCAAAAGCGAAGAAACCCAAUGCACACGGACAGUGGUGGCACAGGCAAAGAGCAGUACUACUUAUAUACGAACUGAAGCAAACAAGCCAAUAAAAUUAGCUUAUCAACAGCAACUGCAGCCCAAAACUGAAAGCUAUAGCCACUCGUAACAAAACAAAACCAUGUCCGUACAACGGAACAAAAAAUAAUACAAAGAAAAGAAGUAGAGCCGUUAAGCAUCACAGCUACACAAUCCAUUCGCCCAUAGUGUUGUUGUUCACCAUUAAAGUUCACUGCAUAUAGUUGUCAUGCUCAUCACCAUCAACAUCACAUCGUCACAGCAUCUUCAUCAUCACCACCAUCAUCAUCAUCAUCGUCGUCAUAACUACGUGUAUAACAAGUGCAGAAGCGAACCGGAAAAGGAUGGGCGGGCGGGCGAUGCAAGAAGCAGCGCCAAUGUUUUGUACCAUCUUUCUCCAUUCGAUUCGACGCCUAUAGCUUUAUGGCAUACAAACAAUAGCAAUUGUAAAACCAGUUCCAAUACCGAAGGUAAUUUUUAUAACACCACCAUUAGCGUUAAAGUGAAGAAAAUAAACCACCGGAAAAAUGUACUGUAAA